UGAUGUAUCUCUUUUUGAUAUCAGAAUACAAUAAUGAAAACCUAAUUCUUAGGUUAUUUCUUUCAAGUUGGUAUCAGAGCCUACAAAAAAAAAAAGGCUUUGAAACACUUAAAACAACAUGAGUGGUAGAGAUGGUGAACCAUCUGGAUCGAAACCUAUUAUCAUUCAAUCUGAAGGAGCAUUCAAUGCAGGAAUUACGCUUACAGAAUCAAAUUAUGAUGUAUGGUCUCAACUAAUGGAAAUGCAUAUUGCUGAAAGAGAAAAGCUUUCCUAUAUUCGGGGAAAAACAAAACCACCUGCUGAAUCAGAGGAUGGGUAUGAAAAGUGGUAUGCUGAAAACCAAAAGGUGAAAAGAUGGCUGCUAAUGUCUAUGAGUCCAGAGAUUAUGAAGCGAUAUUUACGCUUAUCCACUGCCCAUGAAAUCUGGACUGCUUUAUCAAAAGCUUUCUAUGAUGGCAGUGAUGAGUUGCAGCUCUUCGCCUUAAACCAGAAAGCAUUUGCAGCCAAACAGAAUAAAAGAUCUCUCUCUGAAUAUUAUGGAGAACUAACUGCAAUUUUUCAGGAAUUGGAUCACAGAGACAAAGUGGUAAUGAAGGAUCCUGAUGAUGUGGUUGCGUACAAAAAAUCUAUUGAACGACUACGGGUGCAUAUAUUUUUAGCUGGACUGGAUGAUCACUUUGAGCAGGUUUGCGGAGAAAUCCUACGUCAGGAGUCUACUUCAGGCCUAGAAGAAAGCUAUGCCCUGAUUCGAUGA